AUGAACCGGAAGAAUCAAUUUUUAGAAAUGAUGUCAGAUAAUGUUCGUGGAAUUAAUCAAAAACUGAAAAUUAAUCUAGAAAAUAAUUCUAAUGAUCAAAUUGAUAGUAAUAUCACAAAUCAUUUAAUAACACAUUUAAAUAGUAAUAAUUCUAGUAAUCAAAUAAUUCGUAAUAGGAACAAAUGGUGGCUAGGAAGAAAAAGAAUAGAAGAUAUUUCCAAUUUAGCAAACCAAUCUGGAUUAAAAGAUAUUGGUUGUGCCAAUAUUUCACAAAAUAAUCCUUUAGAAGUAGAUGAAUUCUUAAUUAUUUUUUCCAAUCAAAAAUUAUGCUUAAGAAAAAUAUUAGCAAUGUAUAAAAGUAUCAGUGAAAAACAUUCAUUUAUUUCACGUAGUGUAGAUAAUAUUGACUUAUUAUCAUAUAUUUCAGUUACAUUAUUUAUCGAUAUUUAUGGUAGGUCAUUUUUUACAAAUGAUUGUCUUGCUAGUGGAAAAUUAUUCACACACAUAACCCUUAAAGAAGUAGUUUAUCAUCUUAAAAAGAGUUCUAUUACAUUUCAUAAUAAUUCUAUGCUUACAUUAGAUAGCAAUUCAUUACAAAUUUAUAACUUUUUAAAUAAUUCCAAUACUCAAGCACAAUUUACUUCUAUUUUUCAUAAUCAAAAUCACACUAGUUUAGAUAAUGAAUAA